AUGUACCACGUUCCCCGCGAUGUCGGCUCACCUCAAUACACCUACAACAGCAGUUACCGGGAGAACAGAAGAUCGACCCCCAGCUACGCACUGAUACCGCACAAUUCCAAUCCCAAUCGCCGCCCAGUGCAGUACGCCACUACCCGCUACCACAGCGAACCUGUCCGUUACCGCGCUGAGCCACGCUCCAUUCGCUACCAUUCCGACCCACGUCUGUAUGGUGAUAGCCGCGACCAUAUUGAAUACCAGGAGCAACGAUAUGUUGUCCCACACAACAGCAGCAGCACUAGGAGGGACACACACACGCAGUAG